UUGUCGUUAUUAUUACAUUUACAAUUAAUAAUUACGAGUUACCGACGUGGUAAUUCUCUGUAGUUCGUGCUGGAGAGAGGGACCCGAUUACCAAAUAAUCGUCGUGCGGUAGUGCGGUAAUCGCAGUGCGACGCGUAACGCAUGAUUUAAGAUGCUAUUUCAGGGAAUUAGUAUUCGAAUAAAAAGACACAAUCGAACAGUCGCUGAUCAGUUACGUGCGAGGGAAGUUGCUGCGUGUGCGGAGACGUAACCCAGUUCGAAAGAGGAAAGUCGCUAGCGUUGAGGGCCGCUGUCCCCAACCAAGUUUCGGUGAAAUUGUCCGGCGCGGCCUGCUCGAGCCUCGGGGCUCGAACCCCCCACAGUUUGCCUGGGCGUCCCUACCGGGAGAGCGGCGUCGAAUCCCGCAGGCGAACCCGCGGAGCGGCGUCCUGUUAACUUGAGCGGAGGACAGCCCCGGAGGCAUGGGUGUGCAGGAGGUCAACGGAGACGAGGAUUUGGGGCAGUGAAGUUAGCCAAGACAAGAGCACAAGCAUUGCAAGGCAAAACCUGACUCCUGCAAACACAGCUGAGUGCAGAGCCCACAGAACCGCAAGGCAGGACCUCACUCCAAAAGUCGCCAAAAAUUACGUCAUGGGGAAAUAGAAUUACGAGAUCACGAUUCACUUGAUAUAUUCCCAUUCUGCUGAAAUUGGUAACGUUUUGAGGUGCAUCAUUCAGAUAAGUGAACUUGAUUUCUAAGAAGUGUUAAACAAAAUAGUACUGCUGUCACCACGAGUCAACAGCGAAGAUAUUCUUGGCGUGAUCGUGGUGACGCUGCUUCGUGCGAUGCCUUUAAUAGUCGUGAUCCGUAAAUGUCCGGGGGAGGUGGAAAACCCUGCUUGGCUGCUGAAGCAAACACCAUAAGUGGUUUAGUGAACGUCAGGUGACAACGUGUCCUCGGGUCGUUUUUAGCUUCAGGGCCUCAAUCCUCCACGGCCAUUUAAUGAAUGACGCCAACUGUAGGCUAUUGCUCCAUCGUGACGUUACCUGCUUUAACGGCUAAAUCGAGUGAAAUUCACCUGGCGGAGAGCCCUAUGUCCACUUGCAGCUGCCGUGUGGCCAACUUUGUGUGCAUCCCCUCAUGAAGAGGGGAUCAGCCAAUGACGCCACGGUGAGGUGCACGCCCGCCCAGGUCGAUCUUGCCGCCAGCGCCGGGGAGCGGCGGGGGGCCAUGCUGGCAGGCGGCGGCGGCGGCACUAUGUUUCGCGACCAGGUGGGCGUCCUCUCGGGAUGGUUCAAGGGCUGGAACGAGUGCGAGCAGACGGUGGCUCUGCUAGCACUUCUCAAGCGCGUGAGCCGCACCCAGGCACGCUUCCUGCAGCUCUGCCUGGAUCAUUCGCUGUCGGAGAGUGCUGAGCUACGUGUCCUGGAGCGCGAGGCCAACGACCCAGCCUGCAUUGGGCAGUGGCAGCACGAGCCACUGGACAAGGCCGUGCCCCUCCUGCUGUCACAUCUACCGCUGCUCAAGCCCGGCAAUGCAGACGCCAAGGCCGGCUACCUGGCGCUGCUACCCCGCGCGCUCGCCCAGGCGCUCGACACGGGCCGCCGUGUUGACGAGGCGCGUCAGCUGCUGUCGUACGCCCUCAUUCACCCGGCGCUGGACGCCGAUGACCGUGGCGGAUUGGCAGGCUGGCUCAACAGCCUGGAGGAGGCGGGCAGCGGCAGCGGCGGUUCCGGGACAACAGCCACGUCGCUUGGCCGGAGGGGCUCGGUGGACUGCCCGCCAAGCGAGCGGCACCACCAGCACCACCACCACGGUCAACACCACCAGCAGGUGGCAUCUCCCGGAGGCUUCAGCCAAGACGGUGUCAGUGGCUGCGGAGUGAACACCUCCGUUCUCCUGGGCCACCAGCGUCGCCACUCAACAGGCCGUCUCAAUGGCUGGCAUCAACCUCCGCAGCACCACGCACGGGAUUCUGGGAUGGCUGCUGCCCACCACGGCAGCCUCGGCUGGCAGGAGAAUGGCCACGGAGGAGCUCUUUCUGGGAACGGCCUGAGCGGUAGCACUGGUCUGCUGAAGCGCUCGGCGUCUCCCACACCCACCUCGGCAGCCUCCAGCCUGGCGCACCAGUGGCUGUCGCACGAGGACCUACGCCCGCGGGGCGUACCAGGCUUGCACGCCCACCCACCGCCGCAGCCGCCGCCACCACCACCCCCCUACGUGGUGUGCCUGCCGCCAUCGGAGCCGCAUGCCCCGCUCUCGCCACAGGGCAGCGUGGCGUCAUCGGGCAGCGGCGGCAGCAGCGGGGAUCAUCCUGACGACGGGCCACCCCUUGCUCGCAACACCUUCCUGGAGGAGGGCAGCGGCAUGCGAGAUGUGCCGGCGUGGCUUAAAAGCCUUCGGCUCCACAAAUAUGCAGGACUCUUCUCCCAGCUGACCUACGAGGAGAUGAUGUCUCUCACCGAGAAACACCUGGAGCACCAGGCGUUCGCUUGGCCCGCACAGUGCGUCACCAAGGGGGCUCGACACAAGAUCGCUCUCAGUGUGCAAAAGCUGCGUGAGCGCCACGAUGUGCUGCACUCUCUCGAGAAGGACAUAAUGGAAGGCGGUAGCUUGGUACGAGCCGCACUCCAGGAACUGCACCAGAUGAUCCUGACGCCCAUUAAGAUGUACUCGCCGGCGAGUGCUUCUGCUCCCAGUGCGCACAAAGACAGUGGGAGCUGUGGCAAUUCAUCCCCGGCAAGACGGAGGGAGGUUGGGAACAGCCCCAGCGCCUCAGGACGUCCGCCAUUGGCAGGAAUGGAGAGGAGCGACUUUAGUGGCCUGGGAACCCUGUCUGCCGCACAUGGUGAUGGCCUCGGGGGUUCAGCAGGUGCGGCAAAUGAAGGAACCCAUGUGAGCGAGGGGGAUCUGCCGGGCCAGUUCACGCGCGUCAUGGGCAAAGUGUGCACACAGCUGCUUGUGUCACAUCCGGAUGAAGACAGUGUUGCCUCAUACCUGCAGCUCCUUGACAAGUGUUUGGGCCAUGAGGCCUUCACGGAGACUCAGAAAAAGCGCCUGGUUUCGUGGAAGCUGCAAGUGCAGAAGUUGCUGCGCAUCUUCCCGCGACGUGCCCUCUUCGAGAUGCAGGCGUUCCGGCAGCCCUCCCGGGGGUGGGGAAUGUUUGGCCAGUCCAGUUCCCUGCCGGGCGUGGGAGGUGGCGGCAGUGUGCUGGGGGGCGCGCCGGCCAGCUCGGUGUGCGGCCUAUCGGGGAGUCGCUGGGCCUCGCGCCCAUUCCCUGCACCGCACCGUAGCCUGCCGGGUAGCGGCCGCCUGGGUCUCAUGGGUCCCGGCAACAACGGCCUCGUUUCCACGCCUCCACGCGCCUCGCUCAGCAGCCCGGCCAUUGCGCCUGCUAAGGGUCGGCAGAACUUAUGGUUCGGGGGAGUCCUGCCUGGGAGCUCGGGUGGCCCCGGCGGUGGUGGUGGUGGUGGGGGGGGAGCAGCCAGCGGAAGCGGAGGUGUUGCGGCGCCACGGCCGCACGGCUCUGUGCAGCGCACGCGUUCCCUCCCCAUGACUGUCUCCCCGCAGGCCAUGCUGCUGUGUCAGCAGUCAGAGUUUCAAGUUCUGGUGACAGAGCCGGAGAUAAAUACGAGGCUGGAGUCGCUGUGCCGGAGCAUGACGGAGCAUGCCCUUGAAGACGGAAUGGAAAGGACAUCGACGAUCUAGAUGGAGUGGUGUUGGCUGUCUUCUGUGCCCGGCAGCAGCCUUAUUACAUCGCUCGACUUCAAUAACCUCCCACCACAAACUCGUGGCCUGAAUAUGGGCUUUUAAACACAUUCUUUUGCCUGAGUUUUAUAUAUAGAUUUGAAAAUUUGCAAUGAGCAGUGCCAAAAAAAUAUAUGCAGAAGCAUUACUUACCUUUCUUUUGUACACACACCAUUUUCUAAAGUUUAUACUCUUUGUUGAAGUAUAAAUGUAACAAUAUGGUUUACUGGGUUGGUAUGAAUUCAGAAAAUAUCAUAAAAGGGCCCUACUUGUUGCAAAUAUUUCACUGUUACCAUACAUGUUAGUUUAGGUAUACGUCUUGAUGGAGCUUCUGAGUAUUUUUAUUGGUUCUGCUGAAAAGUGCCUGGCCAAGGAGCAAAGAUGAGCUCCUGACGCCAAAAUAAAUAUUCCCUGGACUUUGCUGUUGCCGUAGUUUAAUCUGCUUGGCGUCACGUGCUUGAUACGCCACUUAAAGUCUAUUUUUCUUACAUAAGAAAUGAAUAGAAUUGAAAUGCACUAAAGGUUGUUGGCAAGUUGACACCUACAACGAAACAAAAUCACCUCCGUGGUCAUUGCCUAUACCUUUUGGCGCAGUGUCAACUUUUGUAGAGUCACACAGGUGUUGGCAAUGAGCUUCGGAGCAUUCCGCUGUUGUAGAGGAGAUUUAGUGGAGGCUACCAUCUGUAUGUGCCAGUGUUCACGAGCGAUUUUGAUCUAUGCACACUGAUGCUAUUGGAAGUAGUUUUGAUCUCUACGGAUGUGAUGUGUGUGUGACUAAGCCGACAUUGCGUGUCAAUAUGCACUCAACGGAGGGAAUUGUGCUUAAGAGCAGAAAUUCAAAUACGAUAGCAGCACACUUUCCAUUAAGAGAGGUGCUUGUAUUGCUAUGAGUGGUGGUCUAGCAGUGUUGUAUAACAAUGACCGUGGGGUUCAGGACCAGCUGUAUUGGAUAGGCUUACGAGCCAAUUGCCUCGUGUAGAGUCGUUUUUGCAUCAUUUACUGCACAGAACUGAUUCCCUAAAGGAUAACAACAACGUUGCUGCUAAGGAGUGGCAUUCAUUCCUAGGGAGGCAAUAUUAUUAAGGAUAGUCGUGGUUGGAUAGUGGCUGUGAACAUCUCUCCCAGUACUCUACAAGGGAUCAACCUUGUGGUUUUUCACACCAUCCUAAAUCGAUUGGGUUGCAUCGAAUCUGGUCUGUUUUCACGUGACUUGGGAGUGAUUGUUGUAUCUGUAUGUCAGACCACAGAACCAACAUUGCUGAGAUCUGUUAUCAUUUUGGACUCUCACCCAAGGUUGCAUCAUAUUCUAAAGGAUAAUGAGUCAAUGGUCUUGAGGCAUUCACGAAUUACUUUACACAAAGAACCACUGUAAAACAUUUGAAAGUCACUUGAUUGAACUUAUUGCAGCUCUGGGAGCUACCAUUUGUAAAUACAGGAUUAUACACCAGAUGUUGUCUAUCGUUUAUUGACAACACCUGGAUAGAGUUAUAACGUUUAUAACGUAGAUUGUAACGUAGUUAUAAACGUUGGUUCUUUACCUUACGUGGGUGGGAGGGAAGCUCGUACAUUUUGUAAAAAUUCAAUCUUGAUCACUUGUCAUCGUUUGCUCUGAAGCCGCGAGACAAGUUAUGCAAUCGAAUGAUAAGACUGCUAACUUGGCAAAAUGUGUUAUUUCAAGAACCUCCGAGUAUGAUCCAGAAUUGGAUGUGGAAAUGAUAUUGCAGUCCCACUUAAAAGCACCACUCAAUGCAAAUCUGUCGAUAAGUUUUAUUUUGGAUUGAGUUAAAAAAAUUGUGCUGCUUUGGAUAAUGCCUAAUUUCCACCAUUCUUUUGCUUUGCCGUAAUUCUCAUAAUAUAGUUAUAGACAUCUUUACACUUGAGUGGUCUUACAAUGGACACUCAAACCCGGUGUUAAGUGGCACACUUGUUCCCACUCAACAAUACAUAUUCACAAGUUAACAAUAGUACCCAAAAAUUAUAUAUUUUAAAGAAAAGGUACACGUGAGUGGUAGUUAAACACAUGCACAGAAGCUGCAUGACUAAUUAGAAAGCUAUAUAUCUGACGUUGCCCUGCUUGACUUGUGUAACCUCUGUGAAUCCACACAAUUUGGGGGUCUUUUCAUCUACUCGAUUCUACUGCCCUUCACUGAUUGGAGCGGUUUUUAAAAAAUAUAUUUAUUUGGUUUCGCAGAUUGCACCCGAGCGGUGCUGAAGCUGCAAAAGGAGCUUGACCGGGUCUGGCAUAAGAUGCCCCGUGACUCCUAAUUAUUAUUUUUUACAUAUAUACAUUAUAAACAACGCGUGUGCUUGCUUGUUUUUUGUUAUAAUGCAAUGCUUUUUUUUUGGUUAUUCUUUAUUUGCAAGUUUGCUGUACAUGGAUCUUUGUGGGACAAAAUGUCAACACAUUGGUCUUGCGUUGUUGAUGGAAGUUCUGUUGGGUUUAAUGGCAAAACAUGUUUAGUUGAAUUUGAAAAACAGUUUAGCUCAUUGUUGGUAGGUUUAAGUAUUCGCGCCUUACUUCUGGACUUGGAAGACUUUUAAGUGGCAGAACUUGGCAAAAGUAUGUUAUAGACAUAGCCCACCAAGUACUUAAGAUGGUUUUAGUUACCAAAGCAUGACAUACACUGUUAAAUGGACUUUAAAUAGACUUCUAAAACACAGCACUCACAAGAGUUGGCCAUUUUGUGCUGAGUCAUUGUCAAAAUAAAAAAUAUAUAACUUUGUUUUACAUUUCUCCUUUCAAAAAUUAUGUUGUAAACUUGUUAAUGACCCUUAACAAUUAAAUGUAAUAUUUUGAAUUACUAUAAUGUAUAAUUUGCCAAACAUUUGAAUUACAUCUGCCAUAGUUUUGUUUUCCCUUUCUUUUCCUAGAAGGCAACUAAAGGAACAGUGAUGGCAAGCGUUCAACGUGAACAUUUAAUUUGAGAGGCAUUAUCUAAAACAAAAUGCCCUGGCUUUUGUAUCCGUGUAAUCAAUGUUGUGUUUUUCACGAUGUAACCUUGACAGUGACCUUGGAACAAUAUUGCAUUGGCUUAAAAAAAACAAAGAAAAUCAAUGCAAGGGCAUCCAUUGCUGUUUAUGAAGGGACAGACAUGCGUACAAAUUGUCUGACGGUAGCGUAAAAAAAGGUCACAAUUGUUUUAGCGCUUGGAAUGAACAUGCACACGAUGGUCAAGUAGAACCUACUUGUGUGAUUCAAGUGCAUUGGCUUCAUGGAGAUAUUUAUGUCAACGGUACGAACAUCCCAUUUAAAAUGGAAGUACGCUAGCUCAGUGGCAGAUCUGGAGUUGUGCAAGGGGCAUGGACACGGAGAGUCGAGGUGAUGUUCCCGUGGUCAUAAUUGAAGCUGCCAUUCUGUUCACCAUUUAACCAGAACCAUGAUUAGCACUUCCUAAACUGAGAUUAUUUUUUUUUAUCCCAACCGUGUAAGAUGAUGGGACGCCUCAAGUUUAGUAACGUUCAAAACCAGCACACUCCAAGUACCAGCUUCCAAAAUCUUAAGUCUGCCCCUGUGCUGUUAACUCUGCUGUUUUCACAAACUCUUGAUCUACGGUGUAUGCCUUGGGCAUAGUGUUCAUAUUUAUGUACCUUUUGUUGUGCCAUAUGAAAAAUACUUAAAUAAUUGCUAUAUCUUUCAGACACUAAGAUUUGUUUUUUUAUAUAUAUCGCUGGAUAAGCUGCAGGCAUGCUGAUUUUUUUUUUCUCCAAAUGUAACUUUUCGAGAUAACAGAUUGGUUAUAAAACUUCCUGGCGUUGCCUUUGCAUUUUCUUCUGAUGAGGGAAUACGUAUAGUGACUCCACUUUCGUAUUUGUAUUAAUCGGAGUUUGCUAUACAAAUACAAGCGGAAAUACACAUUGUAAAGUGCGUCUAUGUUUGCGUGAUUUUUUUUUAGUCUGAGCUGCCAGUGUUGCGUUGGGAUUCUCUCGAAGUGCAGCGGCUUGCGCGUACUGGUUUGGACAUUUGGACAUCUGUGAAAAAAGAGCUUCAUAGCUCAUCGUAUUUCUCCAGGAUAAAUAAAGAUUCUGAUUGUCUGGUAAUUCCGCUUCGUUCUCCCAGUGGGGGGCAAUUGAAACCUAUUUAUUGGAUCCCCCAAACCUCCUUGCCACCUCUAUCCUCCAGGAAUAUAAGUUUGGUGCAUCACAGUCGAUUGGCAGGUGGGGUAAAGUGUGGGUAAUCCCACAUCUUCCAAGACGUCUGGCCAGCGUAAAAGAUGAGGCCAAAUUCCCUCGAGGGGUGUCGUGACGAGCAAUGGCAGGGCCGCACCUUGACCUUUCACCUAAUGGUGCACUAAGUCUCACAGUUUUUCAGAAAUGUUCCUCUUUAGGAUUUUCGACCGGGCUUUAAUGAACGACUUGUUAGGCAAAUUACCGUUUGUAAUAAUUCCACGCAGGUACACCGCUGGACAGUGGUGGCGCAUGCCUGUUGUAAUUCAGCCCUGUGGAGGCGAUGGUUGGUGAAUCCCAUAAAUGUUGUGAAACUCCCCCCCCCCCCCCCCCCCCCAUGAGCGUCGAUGUGCGAUACCAAGGCUAGCCAAGAAAAGGCAGUGCAGCACGUUGACUCAUUGCAAUCUCUUGCCAUCUGUGUCGGGACAGUGUUGCCUUCUCGCGCAUGUUGGUUUUCUCGGAGUGGUCCGGUAUCCCAUUUGUUUUGAGUGUGAAAACACGUUAUUGAUUGGGUGAAAAUAUAUUUAAAUCAAUAAAACCGAUGCCGGCCGCUCCUGAAAA